AUGGUGGACUUCCAAGCCCUGAGUGCGAUAUGCGCCCAAUGCCUAGAGCUCGCCGGUAGCAUUCCCCCUCUACUAUGGUUCAUAUUUCUCCUAUCGACAUUUACCGGGCUCAUUCUUCUUGGUUAUACUCUUCUCUUCCUCGUAGCGCCAAAUCCCCGCCCUCCGCUUCCGCAGGAGAAAAGAUACAAAACUAUUGCUGAAGAUGGAUCAAUUACGGCGCCCCAACUACUGCCUUGCUGGCAAGAUAGCCUACGAGGUCGUACAUCUGGCGACGUAAAAGAAAUGGAGAAGGCGGAGCUUUUUAUGUCCGUCGUGGUGCCCGCAUACAACGAAGAGGAUAGGCUGGGAGGGAUGCUGGAAGAGGCUGUGAAUUAUCUCGAGAAGACGUACGGGACUCUCGCGGAAUGUCUGCAAGAUGGAGCUUUGCGUAAGGAGGACAUGAGGUCGGAAGGGACUCGCCGUCGUAGACUCGACGAAAGGACAAAUGGGAGCAUAAGUGUGCCAUCACGGGGAUGGGAAAUACUCAUUGUGUCGGAUGGUUCCACAGAUGGGACCGUGGAGACCGCGCUAUCCUUUGCUAGAGACCAUCAACUGUCGGUACACCCCAAGAGCCAUGCAGGACCAUGGACAACCAUUUCAAGCGCGGAAGGAGUACAUAUCCCACCAGGGACAAUCCGAGUAAUCACCCUAGCGGAGAAUAGAGGAAAAGGCGGGGCUGUCAUUCAUGGUAUGAGGCAUGUGCGCGGCCAGUAUGUCAUAUUCGCCGAUGCAGAUGGUGCCAGUCGGUUCGACGACCUUGGGAAGCUACUAUCAGCCUGUCAACGCAUAGAAGAUGGGUCGUCUCGAGGUCUUGCAAUCGGAUCCAGAGCACAUCUAGUCGGCAGCGAAGCUGUGGUUAAGCGAUCUAAGCUUCGAAACUUCCUCAUGCACUCCUUUCACCUAAUCCUUCGCAUCCUUACUCCACCCGCCACCGCUGCUAUAAAAGACACCCAAUGUGGCUUCAAGCUCUUCUCCCGCGCCUCUUUGCCAUAUAUCAUUCCCUACAUGCACUCUGAAGGCUGGAUUUUUGACGUGGAAAUGCUCAUGCUUGCUGAAUUUGCAGGCAUUCCUGUGGCUGAGGUGCCGGUGGGCUGGAGAGAGGUCAAGGGGAGCAAGCUGAAUGUCAUAUGGGAUAGUUUGGGCAUGGCAUGGGGUUUGGCUAUCUUGCGGAUGGCAUGGGGGUUCGGCGUUUAUCGGCGGACUUCAGACCAUGGUAUUUUUCGGUGA